UUCCUUGCAAAAAAAUUAUUCUUGUUCUCAACUUUAACUCUCUACAUAGUACUUUGUCUAUUUUUUCUUGUUAUGUUAUUCAUGCAUGUUCAUUUAUUGUGGGAAGUUUAUGACAGUGUUGGCUUUGUGUCUUUUGAUGACUGCUUGACUUUAAUGUUGCUGGAAGUAUUGGUGAACUGAAGGUUGAAUUUAGUUUUAUAUAAAGUUUUGUUGGCUUUUCAUCUGAAUCUUGUUGUGGAGUUCAAGUGUCAAGUCUUUGUUAAAUUGAUGAAUAUUCCAUUGGGGAUUUUUAAGGUUUUGUAAUGAUUAGGGUUGGUCAAUUUUAUGGUUGAUAAAUCUGAUUGGUUGUGGUGUUUUAUGGUUGAUUUGCAUUGAUGAGUUCUCUCUAUAGUUGAAUUUAACUGCAGACUGUUUUGAUAGAACCCUAAAUUUGUGGCUGAGAAAGAUCUGAACUGGCUUUUUCUUAUCCAUCCUUUGCCUCUCAGUUACCUAAACCAAGAAUUGAGCCACGGAAAUGAAUGAAUUCAAUGUUGAUGAAAAGUAUAUGCAUAUGGGAAACCCAGAGUCAAAUGCAGUUCAGUUUCAUGAAGAGGCCUUAUCAACUGGAGAGGGCAUCCAAGAAAUGUUGGGUGCCAAUUUGGACAGAAUUGACUUGGAUUUGGCUUGUUAUAAUGAGAAACUGGUAAAUUUGCAUGUACUGUUGAUGUUUCUUCUGGGUUGGGACAAGGAUCCCGAAGAGAUGGCGUAUGGGAGUAGUGAUAUUUCGGCUCAGUUCAUUGAGAAGGCUUUGGUAUUUGACCUUUUAUGUGGAAUUUUAGAUUCUGAGUUAAGGGAAGUGGAAACUUUCUUGAGUGCCGUUCAGUCAGAGAUUGUUGAUGCUCGUCGUAAAACAUCUUCGUGCGUACCUUUGGGAGCACUAUCUGAAAAAAUGGAUAAGAAGCUACAUGAUUCUGAAGAAUCCCUGAAAAGGUGUCAAGGGAUUGUCUUGGAGGUGAAGUUGCUGUCAACCAAGCUGCAAGCUUCCUUUCCAUAUUUCAAACAUGAGAACUGGACUAAUGAUGAGGCCAUGGAUGUAUCUGAGCAAUAUCAGCUAUCAAACAUCAUCGGGAAAUCCAAAGUACUGACCGUUGAACAACAAAGACAAAUUCUGAGGAUGCUUGACAAAUCACUUGCGAGGGAGCUAGAGCUUGAAAAUAAAUUAUUAGAGUCCGGACAAAAUGAAGAAUCAUUAAAACUAAAGCUACAUCAUACUGAACAAGUCGCUCUUCGCAUGGAAGAGGCAGCAGAAGUUGUUUGGGGACGGUUUCUAGAGGCUGAGAAUGUUGCUGAGGUGCUCAUGGGAAUUUCAAAGGAACUAUUAGGUCGACUUCAGAUUGUUCAGUUUAACAUAAAUGGUUCGAUUCAACGAGAAGCUGAGCUCAAAUCUAAACUUGAAGGUUGCAUUGAAGAGUUGAAUGCCAAAGAUAUAGCUUUAGAAAAGCUUGAUAUCAGCAAUGUGGAACAUGCUGCAAAAGCUUCCGAAGUAUUCACAUUGAGGAAGAAUAUGAAGUUACUUGAGGAACAGCUAAAAGAAUCCGAGAUACAGCUGAAGAAUGCAAUGGCUUCCAAUGAAACAAGUCAAGAACAUCUUAAUGAAAUGGAAACCGUUAUUGAUUCACUAAAAGUAAGCAUUUAUGAAGCUGAAAGUAGAGCUGAAAGUGCAGAAGCUAAGGUCUCAGAGUUAACAGAUGCGAACUUGGAACUUACCGAAGAGUUGAAUUUUCUUAAAGGUAAUAACGAGAAAAGCACAAAGAAGGUGACCUCACUAGAGAAGCAGUUGAGGGAAUCGGAGAUUCAACUACAGCAUGCAAAAGCGUCUUCCGAAGCAAGUCAGGAGCAGCAAAACAUGCUCUACUCUGCAAUUUGGGAUAUGGAAACUUUAAUUGAAGAUCUAAAAUCAAAGGUUUCAAAAGCUGAAAGUAGAACCGAAGGUGUGGAGGAGCAAUGCAUUGAAUUAUCUGAAUCUAACUUCGAACUUAAUAACGAGCUAGGCAUCCUAAGGCAUAAAAUUGAAUGCUUGGAGACAUCUUUGAAUCAAGCUAACAUUGAAAAAGAGGCAAAUGCAAAAGAAAUCAGUCAUAGGACCAAGUUAAUCACAGAUAUGGUUGCCCAACUACCUACAGAAAGAGAACGCAUUCAGAAGCAGCUAUCUUCGUUAGUAAAAGAGAAGGAAAUUUUGGUGAAAAAGUUACAAAAUAUGGUAAAAGCCGACUCUACAGCAGUCUGUAACUCUGGAGGUGAUGAUGGCAAUGAGAUAUCUGUUCUGAAUACUGAUUCAACUAGAGCUACAUGUACAAAAACAUUCGAAAAAGAGGUCCCCUCUGCCACAAGUGUACAGGUGGAUGAGCCAUCAAAAGAUGUAUCUCUUCUUAGGACAGCAGCUAGGCCUUCCAGCACCAUAAUUGACGGUGGCACUAGUGCUAUUCCGAGCAAGCAUGUUGAGGAAAAAGGAAAGACAGGCAACUUUAAACUGUUAUAUAUCAUCUUUGAGAACGGGGAGAAACGGAGAUAGGUGUACCAUUAUAGCAUGGAUCUUCCUAGCUUGAAACUACCCAAAUGAGUAGACUCAAAGCUGAAGCCAUGGAAUAGUAUCCACAAAAUCUUGCAAUUUUCGGGUAGUUGAGGAUCAUCAGUGCACAAAAUGCAGCUGAGAAAGCGAAGAUGAUGCAGAUUGUGAAUGCAUGAAAGAUGGGUGGGUGACCUUUGAAGACAAGAGUUGGUACUGGGUUUUCAUUGACAUAUAAUCAUGUGGAAAUACCAUAAGGAUGGUGACAACUGUGAAGGAGAUAAAUAGAAUUGAUUCCAAGAUGGUUGUUUGAAUUGCAAGGCUUGAGAUCAUCUCUGUAAAACUGACAUGGCGAUGGUAACUUGUUGAAACCAUCUCCACUCCUAUGCAUAUCAUAUCAUUGAGACAACCCAAGAAUCAAUGCCAACAAAAAUAAGGAAAACACAAAGAAAUUAGGCGUUUGUAAUGGAAUUGAUUAAAGAAAGAUGAAAAAGAAGGGGGUUUAUAAAGCUAAA